GCUCCUAGCCUACUUCACUUCUCAUCUCUCAUAUUCUUUAUUACAUUGUGUGCAUCAUCUCUCUAUAUAAAAUCUUCCUUAGUAGACAUGAUUAAACCCAAAUCUGUACUGGUUCUCUCAUUAUUAGCCGCUCUCUUAUUGUCCCAAUACUACAAAACUUCAGCUUCUAAUGACAUUUCGCCGUCCACUUCCAAACCUCCAAGCCAAAGUCCGCCACUGGCGAAAGAGGGGCAAGUAUGUUGCCCUAAAACUCUAGAUACUAACGUCCAGAUUAAAAGGAGAGCACGAAUCAUUCCCGUUACUCCAAAUACAGGUGCUCGCCCAACUCCAAGGAGAUCAUCGGCUAUUGCAAACAAUAUAUCUUCAUUUCAACUGUGUUUACCUCUGUUUUAUCUCCUUUCACUUAGUUUCUUCUUGCUCUAAGCAGCUAUGCCAGAGUAGAAAUAUGGUGAAGGCCAACUUGCCGCACAACCAAAUAAAUGGAAUAAACAAAAAGAGAAGGCGAAAAAAUGGCAGUUGGUCCUAUCUUAUUAGGACGAUACAAAUGAGUUAUUUUUGUCUGUUUAAAUUUUCUACAGCGUCUUUGGUAGCUUGAAUGGUUGUUCAUUUAUCCUCCUUUUGCUUUAGGAUAAAGUGUGGCUUAAUUUUCAAGGCAUCGAAGGAGCUGUUGCUUUUUACUGUAAGUUGUAAUACAUGUUACAAGUCAAUUUACAGCUGUGAGAGUUAUCUAUUGCUAUUCUAGUCAGUUCUUUAUUGGUAAUGCAAAGCCAAAGUUUCUUUGUGGAUUCUUUUUCCUUACUUUUUUUUCUCCUAUAUGAAGUGCAAAUGUCCCACAUAAGUGGAGGAAAGUCUUUCUUUCCUCCUUAUAUUGAAUUGUAUGUUGUUGGGUUAGUAAAUGAGUUACAACAAGAGAUGGGCCUCGCAUUCAUGAGAAUUGGGUUCCGUAGGCAAAAGUGAUGAAUUCCACACACUCCACCCCUCGUGGUAUACGUGAGGCCCAAAUUAAAUUAAAUUCUGCCUUAUCCAGAUUCAUUCCACAAACUUUAUUUUGCAGAUUUGUAACCUCUGAAUUAAGUGACCCAUUAUUCAAGAAUUAAUGUCAAUAAUUAUUUUCCUCCAUUAUUCAGAUUUAUUGGCAUAAUUAUUUUCUGAACGUUAACUAACAUUUCUGAUUCUUGACUCUAUUUUCAUCUACCUAUAAAACAAGGUUCAGAGAUUUCUUGGAAAUACAACGAAAAAUACAUCUUCUCUUCUACUUAAAAAUUAAUCUUUUCUUCUGAUUUCUAGGAAACAGUUUAUGCAAAAUCCAUACUUCCAGCCAGUAGUGCAAGUUUUUGAAAGUCGUUGUGGAACUUUGGGGAGCGUAUCGGGCUAAACGAUUUGCACCGUGGUCGGUCUGCUUCAAGGCAGUGGCUUGCCACGACACAACAGUGAUUUGAUAAGUUGUUUUCCUCUUUUACGUGUUAUUGAUCUAUAUUGUUCCCAAUUUUACUAACAAUUUGAAAGCGAUUUUCUACAAUACUGAUCAGAUGACUAUUUCUUCGAACAAAACUCUUCCAGAUUUUUCAAAGCUUGAACCUUUGAAUGGAAACAAUUUUAAAUGCUGGUCUCAAACCUUUUGAUUUUCUUUGAACAAUUAGAAGUUGGCUAUGUUUUGUUUGAUGAAUUGCCUGUUUAUGUUCCAAAUGUUGUUACUGAUGUUUCAAACACCAUUGGUAGUUCUGCUACUGUUGUUACUGAUGAUGCUGUUAAAACGAAAUUUGAAAAAGAUAACAAAACUGUUAGAGACAUAUGCUGAACCAUAUGACUAACCCUCUGUUUGAUUUAUUUGUUACUAACAAAUCUGCUAAGGAAAUAUGGGACAGUUUGGAAAAGAAAUAUGGUGUUGAUGAUGUAGGGAAGAAAAGGUAUGUUGUUGGCUAGUGAAUUAAGUUCUAGAUGGUCGACAAUAAGCUAAUAAUGGAACAGGUUCAUGGGUAUCAAAAAUUGACUGCGACUGUUUCAACUGAGGGCAUGAAGAUGUGUGAGAUAUUUCAGGCAAAUGUUCUGCUUGAGAAAUCCCCACCUUCCUGGAGUGAUUACAGAAACCAACUGAAGCAUAAGAAGAAGGACUUGACUCUUCAGGAACUAAUUAGUCACAUGAGAACUUAGGAGGCAAAUCUUCUCAAAGAUAAGAUGGAAGCUCUUUCCCUUAAUUCUCCUAAAGCUAACCUUGUGGAAACUUCUGGUACUGUUAUGAAAGACAGGUUCAAAGGCAAAUAUAAGAAAGUCCCAAAAAAGGGAAAUGGGAAGAAGAAGAAUCACUUCAACAAGCCGAGAGCCAAAUUCAGAAGUUCAAAGGACCUUGUUUCGUCUGUGGGAAACUUGGUCACAGGGUUGCUCAGUGCAAUCAAAGACAAGGGCAAAACUCUAAGCAGGGAGGACAAGGUGUAAUCUUGCUAAGGGGAAUGAAGUCAUUGUUGCUGUGUUCGUGAGACGAAUCUGGUGGCUAACAAGACUGAUUGGGUGCUGGACACGGGCGAUGGAGCUUUAUCCUCGCUGAUGGAGCUAUCAUGUUGAUACAUUCUUAGUCUGGGUGUUAGUAUGAAUGAAAUCCUGUCUCUCUUUGUGUGUAUGUGUGUGAUUAAGUAAGGAUCAUGUAGUUGUUGUUUUCAGAAUUUCUAUUAUUAGAGUAAUGGUAAUUCUAUUACGGCAUUAAUUGAAGAUACUACCGGAAAGAACCACUCUACCUCCUAAGUUAGGGAUAAGAUCUGCGUACACUCUACCUUCCCUUGACCCGGAUUUCACUGGGUAUGUUGUUGUUGUAUUGAAGCUACUAACUGAUUUAGAUUUGCAGUAUACUCAACCAGCCAACUAUGAAGAAAUUUGAUCUCCUCAAAGGUCAACUGCUAGAAUCAGGGAUAAAUAGUGUAGACACCCUAGAGGCUGUUGUCUCCUUGAUAUUUGACAAGGCUAUUCUGGAACCAACAUUUUGCCCGAUGUAUGCCCAGCUGUGUUCUGAUCUCAAUGAAAAGCUGCCUCCAUUUCCUUGUGAUAAACAUGGUGGCAAAAAGACGUUCCGGCAUAUUCUAUUGAAUAACUGUCAGGAGCUAUUUGAAGGUGCUGACAAACUGCGAGAAGAGGCGAGGCGAAUGACAGGCCCUGAGCAGGAGUCGGAAUGUAGGGACAAAGAAUGGCUGAUCAAAAUUCGCACGCUUGGCAAUAUUAAGCUUAUUGGAGAGCUUUGGAAGCAAAAGAUAGUCACUGAAAGGAUUGUUCAUCUCAUUGUUCAGGAACUAUUAGGACAAGAUCCUAAAAGUUGUCCAGAAGAAAAGAAUAUUGAAGCCGUUUGUCAGUUUUUCAACACCAUCGGCAAGCAGCUUGAUGAGAAUCAAAAUACAAGGCGCAUCAACGAUGUGUACUUUAACCGGUUGAAAGAACUAUCAACAAACCCUCAGUUGUAUCCACGGCUAAGGUUUAUGGUUCGUGAUGUGCUUGAUUUACGUUCCAAUCACUGGGUCCCUAAGGGGGAAGAGCAUUCCUGAUGCAGAUAUUGGGAAUGGGAAGACCAAGCUUUACCGGAGAAAGCUUACAUACGAAAUUUAGAGGAGUUGUUGAAAUAUGUCAAGAUUGAACGGGAAAAUUUGAAGAUUGAAAAGGAAAAUUUGAAGAUUGAAAUGAUCAAUUUGAAGAGUGAACAUGACAAUUUGAAGAAUGAAAGGGAUUAUUUGUCGGAAGUGGUUGCUACCUUGGAGGCAACGAACAAAGCUAGGACAUUUGAGGAGAAGUAUUCUAUUGUGAAAUUCAAUCUUAUGAUUUCAUGGAUUCUUUUUGUUGGGAUUUUGGUCGCAUUGAUGAUAAAGUGAAUUCGAGAUGUAGUGUGUGUUGUUAGUUUUUGAUGAAGCUAAUAUGUAUGUGUAGUAGUUUAAGAACCGAUGGUUGUUUUCUCUUGGAGGUGUGGUGAAUGUAGUAAUUUGGAUGUAAUGUUUGUAAGGUCCUUGUUUGUAAUGUAUGGAUGUGGAACUCUUUCAAUUUUAAUGCAUAUGGUUUCGUUGAACUU